AUGAUAGAAUCAAGCGGCACCCCCGAGAAACCCGCCCUGCAUGAGGUCGAGAAUGCAGUCCCUCCCCCGCCCAAUAGCACCGAUCUCAAGCACAAAGAGCAAAUCGCAGAUGCCGAAUCAGGCAGCCUCGGUCCAGUCGUAUUUGAGGGCGUGAAUGAGAACGCAGUCCUCCGGAAGAUGGACCUUCGUUUGAUCCCAAUGCUAAGCGCCUUGUAUCUCCUUGCCUUUCUGGACCGAGGUAACAUCGGAAAUGCAAAGAUUGAGGGGUUGGUAGAAGAUCUCAAUAUGACUGGACCACAGUACAACUGGACUUUGACUGUCUUCUUCUUCACCUACGCUGCUUUUGAGCUGCCGAGCAACCUUCUUUUGAAGAAGUUAAAACCUUCGAGAUGGUUGCCCUUUAUCAUGGUUGCAUGGGGAAUUUGCAUGACCUUAAUGGGGGUUGUCAAAGGCUACGGAGGAUUACUGGCUACUCGUAUUUUCUUGGGGGUUGCAGAAGCCGGUCUUUACCCCGGUGUGGCAUACUAUAUCACCCUCUGGUAUCCUCGCCACCGAGCACAAUUCAGACAAGCACUCUUUUUCAGCGCUGCAAGUGUUGCGGGGGCAUUUUCUGGGCUUUUGGCGUACGGUAUCUCGAAAAUGGACGGUGUGGGUGGAUAUGCCGGCUGGAGAUGGAUCUUCAUCCUCGAAGGCCUUUUGACUAUCGUUGUCGCAUUGGUCGCCCCCUUUGCAAUUCAUGACUCCCCGGAGACAGCCACUUUCCUGACUGAGGAGGAGCGUCGUUUUGUUAUCCACAGCUUGCGGAUUCAAAGUUCGGUGGAUUCCCACGAGACGGUUCGGCAGAGUGAGAAAUUUCACAUUCGCUAUGUGAUUGACGCACUGAGUGAUUGGCAGAUCUGGUUGGGCAUCCUAAUGUACUGGGGCAUAACUUGUCCUCUAUACGGAAUAUCUCUGUUCCUUCCUUCUAUUAUCAAGGAUCUAGGGUACAAGUCAUCUACUGCUCAACUUCUCACUGUGCCAAUUUAUAUUACUGCUGCAGUUAUAGCAGUUGUCGCGGCAUGGUUCUCAGACAGACGAAAGCAGAGAUCGCCAGUUAUAUUGUUCUACAUGGCCAUGAUUGCUGCUGGCUUUAUUAUCGUUCUCGCAUCUACAGGGCGUGGCGUUCCAGGUGUUGUCUACUUUGGUGUCUUUGUGGCAGUCAUCGGUAUCUAUCCUGCCUUCCCCGGAAACGUUACCUGGUUAAGUGUCAACAUGGCGGGUGACUACAAACGGGCUGCGGGCAUGGCUAUUCAUAUUGGAGUCGGCAAUCUCGCCGGAGCAAUGUCGUCGAACUUCUACCGUUCCCAGGACGCACCUAAAUAUAUUCUCGGUCACGCGCUCGAGCUUGCCUUUGUUGUAGUUGGCAUGCUGGCAGUGGUUGCUCUGCGCUUGUCUUAUCAACGCAUUAACAGCAAGCGAGAUGCUAUGGAUCCGUCUGAAUAUCCUGAGGAUCCAGACUCUCUGGGCGACCGAUCUCCUCUUUUCAGGUAUAUGCUUUAG